GGUCUCAGUUGCGAUCUUAGUAGUAAAUUUGAGGGUCCGGCGAACAUCGAGUUUAGAUUGCUUUCGGUGAAAGCUUUCGGCCGGGAGUGGGUGGUUAACUUCAAGAACUAUUACUUCUGACAUUAAAGUAUUAUAAUUCAUUACAAAUUUGGUCAUAUCUACAGCAGCAUGAAAUUAAUACAAAAAUAUUUCCAUUAACAUUUGGCGGGUUUUCCUGAUUUUGUAUUUAAAAACAGCCUCAAGGACGAGACUGCAUAGUGAAUUCUAUUUAUGACCAUUAAUUUCCAAAACGGUAGUUCAAGUGAAACGUAGAUUUUGCAAAAAAUCUAGUUACAUCGCUCAAAGUGUGAUCCAGAUGCGAAAAAAAGCAAAGUAUCUGACGAUUUGUAGCAAUAACAUGCUAAUAUUAUCUGAAAGAAAGAUGUUUUUCGCCACAACCGUUCGCGUUUUCGCAUAACAACCUGUGAUCAGGCUAUUGUUGACCAAUGUACCAGAGAAUCAACAGUUUUGGUCGGCAGUGACCACUUAAAAGGUGUUAACUAAGUGUUACUUUGUCCCAAAGUAAAAAAUUGGUGAAAAAUUGUUCAUUACUUGUAAAAUAAACCUUAAAGAUACAAAUAAAAAAUGUGAAGUGUUUGAGCAAAUAUUUGUUGCCUGCGUUCUAGUAGGCAUACAUGGAGGUUCUCAGCAGUCGCCAACACCAUUAUUUCCCUCCUUUUCUGUAUUCUGUGUUUAUGAUGGAAAUUAUUGUUAUUUGUCGUGGAAGCGCGUAAACAAAUGUUAAGUGCUUCGCGUAGCAACAAAGUGAAAUUUUUUUCCGAAAUCAAAAUCAUUGUUGAUAAGGAAGGAAGUAAAAAUGCAUUUUGGAAAUACUUUUCGACAUUGGGACUACCAUCGGGACCGAUAUGGCUUGUUACCCAACUGGACGAGGAGGAAGCCGAUUAUUUAUAAGAAGCAGGCGAUCCGUAAAUUUGCUUGGUAUAAGGGAAAUCGUGUAAGCACAGAAGACGGUCCUCUAACUAUCAAAAUCGGUGGUGAUCCAGCUAAUCGGAAUAAAAAGGAAUAUAAACACGGAAAUCGUAUAAAGUCAACCAAAUACAACCUCAUAACAUUCCUUCCGCAGAAUUUACUGGAACAGUUUCGACGUAUCGCUAAUUUUUAUUUCCUGGUAUUAGUGAUAAUAUCUCUUAUAAUUGACAGCCCAGUGUCGCCUUACACUUCUCUGAUCCCUUUGAUGUUUGUGAUAGUAGUUACAGCAACGAAACAGGGCUAUGAAGACUUCCUUCGGCACAAAGCCGACAACAUGGUCAAUUUUUCCUUGGUUACCGUGAUUCGCGAAGGAAAGGAGGAGGAUAUUAACUGUCAGGACAUCAUCAGGGGCGACCUAGUUUUAGUAUCGCGUGACUGUGACGUUCCAUGUGAUCUAGUAUUAUUGAAAAGUUCCGAUCCAAAUGGUCGAUGUUUCGUCACAACUGCCAAUUUGGAUGGCGAAACGAACCUGAAAUCACUAACAGUACCAAAGCAUCUGCCAAAUGUAGAAGUAGAAAAGCUUCACACGCUCGGGCUAAUUGAGUAUGAGCAGCCUAAGACCGAUUUGUAUUCCUUCAAUGGGAAAAUUGAGUUGGCCGGCAGUUAUCGGGUUCAUAGUCCGUACAUGGAAAGUGCUUCGGAUGCAUCCCGUAACGUGAUUCCAUUGAUGAACGAGAAUCUGCUGUUGCGAGGAUCACGCGUUAAGAAUACAGAACAGGUGAUAGGAUGUGCCGUGUACACGGGACAGAACACAAAGUUAGCACUAAACAGUCGACUGACUAGAAAUAAGGUAGCUUCUAGUGAAAGUUAUAUAAAUAAGUUCUUGAUCUUUACACUGAUAGUGCUGCUGGCACUCGUCACUGUUUCGUAUUUCAUCAAAAGAUAUUACGACAUGUACGUCAUUGAAUACUACACGUACUUAGGACCGCCUCCGGAUGAAUACUCGGUGGCUUCAUUUUUCCAGGAUUACUUCUCCUUUCUGAUAUUAUUCAAUUACCUCAUUCCAAUUUCCCUGUACGUAACAAUCGAAAUGAAUAAAUUUCUGGGAGCUUUCUUCUUGGAAUGGGAUGUUGAUCUUUACGACGAGAAAACAGAUCAGCCAUGCAUUGUCAACACAUCGGAUUUAAACGAGGAACUUGGUCAGAUCAACAUCCUAUUCUCCGAUAAAACUGGAACACUCACCAAAAAUGAAAUGUCCUUACAACAAUGUUCAAUCAAGGGACGAAAGUAUAAAUUCAAUGGACCUUCAAUUCAAGAAGAAAGAGCGCACUAUCCUUUCAAGCUGAGCGCUUUCAAUACUGAUCAACGGGAAUUCUUCCAAGCGCUCGCUCUUUGUCACACAGUGCAGGUAGGAGGGUCUGCAACCGAAGAAGGUGAUUCGGAAGAGCUUGUCCAGAGUGUCUACACAUUUGCCGAUAUCAAAGAAGAGAGUAGUGGCAGUAAUCGGGCUGAUUCAGAACUAGAUGAGCCCGAUUCGGUUCAACUAAGAAAUGCACCGAGGUCACCGGAAAUGAACGAUAUCAACCCGCUUUUGGGAAAAUCAUCAACGUCUAAUGCGAACAGAAGACGUACAGAAACAUUUGAGAGGCGUAGUCCAGUGACUGGCACCAGAGCACAGGAAAAUGGACGUUUGCCACGCGAUAUUGCCAAUGAGCGACCUACAACGAUGCCAAGCAUUUUAAGUCGACCUGAAAUUCGAAGGGUUUUUUUCCGAUCUACUUCGUCAAUUGAGGAGUUAACGGGUAGUCACUCACAACAACAGACCCAUCGGCGAACCCAGUCUUAUGGAGCUCAAAGUGCUUAUCAACGACAGACAACUCUGGUUAGACGGUCGGCAUCUCUGAGAAGAAAUCCUUCAGUUAGAUCCAGAGAAUCAUACGCAAUGCCAUCAUUUAUCGGAGGCCCCAUCUAUACUGCGAAGGUCGAUGAUCGCCAGAUAACUGAAUUAAAAGCGCUUUUGGACAAAUUAGAUUACCAAGCCUCCAGUCCGGACGAGAAGGCUCUGGUGGAAGCAUGCGCAAACCUUGGAAUCUACUUCGUUGGCGAGGAGAAUGACAUCCUAACAUUGAACAUUGCAAGUUCAAGUGGUACAGUACAAUUUGGCCAGUAUGGACCGGUUAACCAGAUGUUCUACAAGAGGCUUCACGUGUUGGAAUUCAACUCGGAUCGGAAGCGUAUGAGUGUCAUAUUGCAGGAUCAGAAAGGAGAGGUGUGGGUCUACACAAAGGGCGCUGAAAGCUAUGUGUUCCCAUUGUGCGAUCGCAAAUCAGAGGCGCUUAUAAAUGAAACAAACAAACAUUUGACGGACUUUUCCAGACAAGGUCUCCGAACGUUGGCGAUUGCUAGGCGGAAAAUGUCAACGGAUGAGUACAAAGAGAUUUUUAAUGAACUUGUUAAGGCAAACAGUGCACUCGUCGACCGACAAAAGCUUUUAGAUGCAGUUUACGUGAAAAUUGAAAGAGAUCUCGAACUCCUCGGCGCCACUGCGGUGGAAGAUGCCUUGCAGGAUAACGUGCGAGAAACUCUAAUAGCCCUACAAGAAGCGGGAAUAAAAGUGUGGGUGCUGACAGGCGAUAAGGUUGAGACCGCUCAUAACAUUGCUUUGUCCUGUGGACACAUUCCCGAGGACAGUGAAACCUAUUUUAUCACCGAAUGUCGUGAUGGUGCAGCACUUUGGGAGCAUCUCCGUGUGCUUGAUGGCGAGAUAAAAAGAAGACCAAACGAGAAAUGUUCGCUACUAAUUGACGGGAAAAGUCUAGGAUAUGCUCUUUCGGAUCAUCCGGAUAAAUUCCGUGAAGUAUCGGUGAAAUGCAAAGCGGUUUUGUGUUGUAGGCUGAGCCCCUUGCAAAAGUCACAAGUUGUGAAAUUGGUUAAGAAGAGUAAAGACAACUAUAUAACAGCAGCCAUUGGGGACGGAGCGAACGAUGUUUCAAUGAUUCAGGAAGCACAUGUGGGGCUGGGCAUAGUUGGGAAGGAAGGUCGGCAGGCCGCUCGCUGCGCCGAUUAUGCCUUCGCGACUUUCUGCAUGCUUCAGCGGUUACUACUUGUUCACGGGCAUUACUACAGCCGACGGCUGUCCAUUUUGGUGCUCUAUUUCUUCUACAAAAAUGGCGUGUUUAUGGGGAUUCAAUUCUUUUUCCAAUUCAACAAUUUGUUCUCGGCCACAUCGAUAUAUGACUCAUUGUUUUUAACACUGUAUAAUGUGAUAUACACGGCAGUGCCGAUCCUUGUUUUAUCGCUGACUGAAAAACCGUACAAAGAAAACAUUUUGAUGAUGAAUCCGAAGCUAUACAAGAAGAACAUUUACAAUCAUCGCUUACACUGGAAAUUCUUCAUAGGUUGGAUGCUGCUGGCUGUCUAUCACUCGAUAAUCCUGUAUGUGUUCGCAUACUAUAUCUGGAGUCGGAAUAACGCCAUUCUUACUACCCCGCACACAGUCAGCUUCACCUGUUUCGGAACCUUCAUCGUGCACAAUGUUGUUAUCCUGGUGAAUAUGAAACUUUGGUUGGAAGCUAUCUACCAGAGCUACAUAUUUAUCGCGACAAUAUGGCUUUCGAUCCUGGCGUUCAUCAUAUCGACUAUGAUUUACAAUAUUAUAGUGAUACCUUACGAUAGCGAAAUGUACUGGGUGUACAUUGUCCUUUUGUCGUCGAUAACAGUUUGGCUGCUUUCACUGUGUUCAAUUAUCACCUGCCUCGUUCCUGAUUUUCUUAUAAUUGUGUGUAAUCGAGCGUUUCGAUUUCAUGUAAGAAUCUUUCCGGGGAGAGAGUCACGAGGAAAAAGUGUUGAGUUCAAAGCACCAAUGAUCAAUCACGAUAAUUCGGACGCUGUAAAUGGAAACUACAUCCAGUCCACAUCGUUAUAGCCGUUAUUAUGAUUCGUCAUUUGGAUCCACAAUUGAUGUUAGUUUUGAAUUAAGUGUGAAAAAUUUUAUUUAAUUAGAUUUAAUUAAAAGUAAUGUAGUUUAAGCAAUGUGUGUGUGAGAAUUUUUGCGAUGUAAAUGGUUCGAUAUAGCUUUAUUUUGUGUCAAUUUGUAUUUUGUACAGUUUACAUAAAGCGGUAAAAUUGUAAAUAAAGUAUUAUGAUAUGAA